AUGACUGAAAAAAAAACUCGUUCCGUUCUUGACUUUUCAAAAAUCAAGAUCGAUAACCUUCAAUAUGUUCCACCGCCUGGAUCACAAGUUGGCCGAAGCAUAUCAGAAUCACAAGUAUCAGAUGAAUUAUCAAGAGAACAAGCUGAAGUUAAUGAAUGCAAAGGAAAAACCGAUGUGAUCAGGGUGGAUGGUCAUGAAUUAAAUGAUCAAUCCACACUUUCACGAGGUUCACAUCAAGAGUUCAUCGAAGAAGGAUUACAAGAGUUUCAAAAAUUUACAGGCACUGGUGAUGCUGAACAAUGGUUAACAGGGUUGUUACAAAAAUUCGAGUUAUUGGGAGUGGAAAUGGCAGAACGCAUCAAAUGGGUAGGUAAUGUGUUCACAGGUGAGGCCAUCAUUUGGUAUAUACAACACGAUGAACAAAUGCCAACCUUUUUGUCAUUUAUGAGACUAUUCUUACAACAUUUUCAGGCAAACAAGGAUGAUAAUAAAGUUACGUUGCACAACCAUGUUUUACAACAGCAACAAGUCCAGAUGGUGAACGAUAAGCAAGAAUGUAUUUUUGGCUCAUUACGAAACCAAUUAUUAUUAGGUCACAUCGAAAAAUUACCAAAAUUUACAGGAAGGUCAAAACAAAAUGUUUCGAAGUGGUUACGCGAGGUUAAUCAAACAAUGCACCUGUUGAAAUUGUCCGACACCGAGAAAUUAUUUUACAUUCCGUCUUGUUUGGAAUCGGAUGCUAAAGAUUGGUUUUUUGACAAUCAUCAUACAAUAUCGUCAUGGUCGUUAUUUGUACGCAAACUACUUGACACUUUUGAAUCUUCUGGCAAAGCGGAUAUCGCGUUUAAUCGUCUACGACAAUAUCAACAAGGAUUAAAUCAAGACGUGCGACAAUAUUACUUUGAAAUCAUGAAGUUGUAAGCUUUUCUGGAAUAUGCACAGAAGAUUGAAGAAUUGAAAUCACUUGAUGAUCAAGAAGCUGACGAAACACCGUCGCAGAGAGCAACUGAAAGUUCCAUGCCAGCACGACAAUCAAAGCAACCAGCAGAUUAUUUCAACAGUACGCAAAAUAGCAACCACGGAACAAAAACCUCAAACUAUCUGUCAACACAAAAGUACAACAACAAUCGUACACCGAAGCCACCAUAUCGAUGUUAUAGAUGUGAUGGAACUGAUCAUUUUAUUAGUCAGUGUCCACAUUUCCAACAGUAG